AUUGAAAGGAGCCAUUUAUCUUCGGACGACGAAUACACGCCGACAGCAAACUCUUUGGCCAACAGGCCGAAGAAGAAGAAGUCGGCAUUGAAGCAGUCUGCCCCAUCGGAGCCCGCGACAAACCCGAUGCCUUCUCAACCCGUCAAGACAGCGAUGAGAAAGAGUAUGCGCGGUCCUCCAGAGCCUGCGCCAACGACAACAAACACAGUGCACAUGCGCUCUUCUCUGCGCGAAGGUGGCGGUGGAGGCAUGCGCACUAGCAUGCGAGAUCGACCUCAAUCAGAAUAUACAGCGUCCAAGCCUGUUGAGAGGCAAAAUCACAGACCUACUUCCAGCGCUUCAAACCUUCCGUUGGCAGCUGCUGGAGGCGCGAUGUCAAGACGUCCGCAAAGCCCAGAAGAGCUCUCCCAGGAUGGUCCGUUCCCGAAAAUUCAGCAGCGUCAACAGCAAGCCCAAACAAGUGCGCGACUAGCAAAGAAUAUGCCACCCCCACCCGUUCCUGCAAACGACUCGGACUCUGAAAGCAGCUUUAAAAAGAAGCGUAGGCCUUCGCAAUCAAACAUGGAUGCGUCAGGCAGAUAUGCUAUGAAGCGCAGUAUGCGCGCUGGGUCGUUCGAUGAUUCCCAGCACCAGCAACGACCCAUUUCGCCCCUCCCGCCUGCAACAAGAAAGGCCUUCAGUGUUCGCUCCUUAUCACCUGCUGGAUCCUUCUUUGGUCGCAAGCAGCUAAAGGAAUCCAUGCGCGCGCCUCCAGCAGACAGCGGCGCCAAAACUUUACGUGGUCCAAACUCGAUGGGAAGCAAGACUUCAAAAGCACAACGCAAGCCCCCAGCUGCGCCUCGCCAGACGAGUUCCACAAGUAACAUGGCCUCCAAGUUCAAAUCCAAGUUUGCCGACUCGGACGACUCCGAUGAUGACGACCGCAGCAGGGUCCAGAAGCCUUCCUUCUUCCGUAGCCGCUUCGCAGAUUCCGACGACGACGAGCCCAGUUCCAGGACUGUCAUCCCUGCAGAUCUCACUCCGGUGCGUGGCAUUCCUAGGAGGCGCGACCAACAGGACGGAGACUCGACAGAUCUUUCGGACGAAGAUGACGACGACCCACGCAAGGCCUCGCACGGCCGCUACAACCAAUCUCAACCCAUCGUGCCCGACCCUGCAGACAUAGAAAAGGCGAUGGCAGCAGCUCGCCGUAACCUUGGGAUGACUAAUGGUAGCGCCGCUCCUGGUACACCGCCAGUCAACGAAGGCAGUGCGCUAUCAAAGGGAAGUCUGCGCAAAGCCGGACCAGAGCGACCGCUAAGCCCAACAGUCGAGAACUCGCCUAAGAGACGCGGCUUCAUGGGUAGCAUUCUCCGCCGCAGCAGGACAUACUCCAACACAUCCCAGCAGCCACCCAUGGCAUCGCCACCACCGCCUCUCCCGACGAACUUCGCGCCCGCCAGCCCAAGGCCCGGCAAACUUCAGCGUCGCACUUCCACAGCGACUCAGGACCGCGACUACUUCAACAACAACAAUCCCAAGACCCUCCCUGACGAAGGCGACAUGAACUGGCCGCUCUCUCCCCCAGGGCGCUUGGGAGAAUUGCGCCUGACAUCGGUCGCAGCCACAGCAACGCCGAGGGAGCCGUCAUCACUGGCGGACACGUCGGAUUUGCCGACAAUGGAACUGGAAUCAAUGGGAAACAGGGCACUUAUGGCCCAAAGAAUGGGAAAAAGAAGAAAUUCGACGUCUGGCCGCGCCGAACAGGCAGGCAGACAGGCAUGGGCUACGGGAUUCUCUUUGCCAGAUACUGUAUGUAGUAGGAAAGAACACACUUAUAGGUGUGGUAUAAACUCUGGUCCUCUAACAACAUCUGCUUGCUAUUUUCGAAUGACUAGGUACUGUAUAGAAUCGCGAGCUCUUUCCUCACCACUUCCCUUUCAUCAGCAACUUGGAUCUUACCAAAACAACUACCUUGAUGGACAACUUUCCAAAGUGUACAUGUAUGAUGGUGGAGGCAAUAAUGGAGGCGGGGUUGGAUUGAUGUUCACAACUGCGCAAUGUAGUACAUGUAG